AAGGAAGCACCGUGAGUUAUACGACCGGAAAAACCACGCAUCGAUCGCCCCGGUUAUCAGGUGACGAAGUAGCACGAUCCGGAGCAUGGCCAACAGUCCUUGUCUUCCAAAGCGACUAUCCUAUCCGCAAAUUACGGACGGUAUUGUACCGCGGCAUCGGUUUAUGUUCGUUUACGAACCACCAUCGAAAAGAUCGACCACCAGUCAAACACGAGAACACGAGCUUCCGCCAAUUUCUACCAUUAUACGAAUGGCGCUAGCAUCGGCGACAGCACGAACUGUCAGUGCUGUCAUCAAUGUCAAGCCAUUUUUCUCCAAGGGACGCGCUGGAUGGUUGUUGGCGAAAUAUUUCUGCUGUUUUUCCGAUAACUACAACAUUUGCAGCAUCGAUUACCAAAAUCAUGUCGGUGACAACACCCGCGGCGUAGGCGAGAGCAAGUGGUACCGGCGUCAACGAUUGCACCAGCUGCUAGCGCUGGAAAAGACCGAUCUGAACCAGGAUAUCUACUAAGAUUCAACGAGGGCAUCAUCUGUCCAACACGCAGUGCGAAAAACAUCAGGCCAAUCUGGCAGGUCGUGCCGUGAAAGAAACAAAGGAAGCACCGCCGAUGAUAUAACUGGGAAAGAAACGAAUCGAUCCGAAAAAGUGUGUUAAGAUCGGUACCGCGGCAUUGAUUUAUUUCUGCUUACGAAAAAAAGAUCGUAACUGGGCCGUGCCACUGAAAGAAAAACACAAAAUGAUUUUUCCUGCAGUUUUCCUUAAAGCCGGAAGCGAAGAAAAUUCCGCCACCGCUAUCGAAUGUGCACCGUAAGCCGAUAUUUAAUCCGGUUCCGCCACCGCCGACAUAUAUAAAGCGAGUGCAGAUUGAAUAACGUCCGGAUGUGGAUGUUAAACUGAUGUAAAAUCAUAAUUUACAAUAAUAAAAAGAACCUAUGUUUGUUAAAUUGAUAACUGAAUUAAUAAAAAUCUGGAUUUUUAAUA